UACACUUACUCAGUGUAUAAUCGUGAUAUCAUUGUGUUAGAGACCGUAGACCAUCUACCGGGAAAUUAAUUAGAAUCUAGGGUACAUUUGCUAAGUUGUGAGACCACUUGAUCGAUUGUCACUGGUGGUCAGUCAGACUCGUCCUCGGCAACGACAUGCGACCGCUGUGCAGGUGUUUCCUGAUUGUAAUCAUUGCGACAAUAGUAUGGCUGCUUUUAUCCCUCCAAAGUUUUGAUGAUUAUGUCACCAUGGUUGAUCGUAUAAGAUCUCCAAACCAGCAUCGGUUUUACGUGAGUGAAGUAUCACAGGAACGAACGCCCGCAUAUUUUGAGAGGAAGAAAGUGCAGGAGCGAUGGGAGCGUUCACCGAAUGGCACCCUAGGAGUGAAGACGAUUCUUUACUGGAAUACAAUGUACGCGGAAAAGCGCAAAGACUUUCUGUUUGGUUCUGGAGAUAUUUUUCGAGGGUGUCCAGUGCCACAUUGCUACGCCACACCGGAGAGGAGGUUGAUGAAAACUAUGAACGAUUAUGAUGCUAUUUUAUUUCAUGGCACCGAGAUCAAUGUUAGGGAUUUACCUAGGAAGCGUUUUAACCAUCAGAGGUACAUCUUCUUCUCCUGGGAGGCUCCAGCUUCGAGGGUUAUCCAUGUUCCGCAUUUCGUUUUAACACCAAACUUUUACAACUGGACGAUGUCUUACCGUCUAGACUCCGACAUAAUACGCCCUUACGGUAUAGUUAGAGAUCUUGACACAGAUCAAAUAGUGGCUCCACCCCAAAAUUCAGUGGACGCCGUUCCUUGGAAAGAGCUUACUUUCACCCACGUCAUGCCUGCGGAAUUGGAGUUUAUCAAGGGGAAGACUCGGAUUGCUGCUUGGUUUGUUUCUCACUGCAACACCCCUUCAAAACGUGAAUAUCUAGCAGAAGAGCUUGCAAAAUUCUUCGAGGUGGAUAUCUAUGGUGAAUGCGGUGAUCUGAAAUGUGACAGAGCACACUCUGACGACUGUUACGAUCUGGUCGAAAGCGAUUAUUAUUUCUACUUCUCCUUCGAGAACACCCUCUGCAAGGACUACGUAACCGAGAAGUUCUUCCACCCACUGUCCAAAUACGUAAUUCCAGUGGUGUAUGGUGGUGCUGAUUACACCAAAUUCGCCCCUCCCCACUCCUACAUAAACGUACUGGACUUCAAUUCUAUAUCUGAACUGGCAAAUUUCCUGUUGAAAUUAGCAGAUGAUCCAAUGCGAUAUAGUUCGUAUUUCUGGUGGAAGAAACACUACAGCAUUGAAGAGUCAACAAAGGCGACCCUCUGCAAUUUUUGUGAAAAACUUCACAACUAUGACUUACCAAGAGAAAGUAUCCAUGAUUUUCCCGCGUAUUAUAUCGUGCGUCAAUGCUACUCUCCAGACAAGCUCCCAUGGUACCGCACCGCGCGGUCUGCACCACAAGCUAAUUGAGCAUUGGAAGCUGUAAUUCAUAGACUUAUUGAUACAGUUGUGUAAGAAGACUAUCUGCAUGUUAGGAAUAUUAUUUUUAGGAUGACUUGCUAGUAGGAUUAACUAUACAAAAAAUAGACUAAGGAGAUUCAGGGGUGGGUGGGCCUCUUGCUGAGUUGGCGGGCGAUUGGAGAGACCAAGUAAGAAGAAAAGAAUUUUAGCUCAUAACUAUGGUUAGUUAUGGUGUAAAUGUUUGAAUGUUGCUGCAGACACGUGAUAGACAUUCACAGCCAUAAUCGAUGUGGGAAAAAAUGAAGAGAAAUACUACGACUCCAUGGACACUGACUGCUUGGACUUGUAUCAGAUCUUCAAGCAGUGUUCAUUUGGAAAAUCCAUCGGCAAUCAAUACCAUAUAAUUAAAAUUAUAGUUAACUGACUUAUUGAUAAGUUUAUAUUUUUAAAAUAUCUGCAUUUGCGGGAUAUAAUUAUUUUUACAACAAUUUUCCAAUGCGAAUCAGUAUACGUACAUUAAUAUGUUAAGUUAGAUCAGUGCAACGACUUCAUAGAACUCGACAACUUCUUCGAUUUCAAGUCCUUCAAGACCCCAUUCUAAAAAGACUAUGUGACUGAGAAGUUGUUCCGUCCAAUCUACGUAUUCAGUGGAGUAUGCUCACUGCGUUCAGUAGAAGAGUUGCGGAUAGAAAAAGAUGACCUACCGAAGAAUGCUGUCGACAAUCGCUCAAAGGAUUAGAUGACCAAUCAAGAUUACCCUCGGAAACAUUAAUUUUAACCUGAUACGGCAUUGCAGAGUGACGAAUUUUAUACGAAGAGUUGUGGUCCAUUAGUUUAUUGAUACUUUCACGUAAAUAAAAUAUGAAUUUUCUUAA